AUGCCGGGCAAGAUGCACCUCCGCAGCGCUGGUCGCGCCCCUACUCCCACUGAGCCCUCUACUGUAAACGCUCGCUCUGUUCGCACCGCCGCGAAGAGGCCGGCGGCGAAGAAGAAGACUAAAGUCGCACCUCGUCCUCAGCCGACUGCCCACGAGAAACGCAUGGAAGCCGCUACUAAGAAAUUGAUCAACAACGCAUUGUACCAAGGAGACUUCGAGAAGAGGGGCAAUCCAGGUGUCUUCGCCCCGUUCCAACCCAUUAGCGACCAGGAGUGGGAGCAAGACUGGGCCGCCAUGCAGCCAGUGCCGCCGCCGCCCCCUCCGACGCCUAACAACAACGACACCAACAACAACGCCGCCAUGAACAGCAGCACCGCAUCCGGUCCACAGAAGAAAGACAAGGCGAAGAAGCCGGCCGUCCGUAGCAAAAAGCGCAAGGCUACCGAGGCGCCUAGCGAACCUGCUCGUCCCAGCAAGCGCAAGGCUACUGAGCCGCACACUGAGGCCGUCCACUCCAAAGAGCAGCCCACUGAGCCCGUUUCGGACAACACGCGCAAGUCAGAACGCCUCGCUGAGAAGCGCCCUCGUAAUGACGCCGACGAGCCGAAGGAGGCUCCUGCUAAGAAGAAGUCCAAGCCAUCUUCCAAGCGUCCGAAGGCCAAUAACACUGGCCAAAGGAACCGCGCCACCGCCGCAACCUCUUCCUCUCACAGCGUCUCGAAUGCCGCCGGCGCCAGCCAAAACAGCGCCAGCAACCCCAUUGUCAUCCCCGACCACAACAGCGCAAGCAACCCCAUGAUCAUCCCCGCCGCCGGUGGCCCUUCCUCCCAGCCCGCCACCACAGCCCUCCGCUCCCGCUCCGACCCCGUCACCGGCAGCAACGGCUUCCGGCUCCUCCACCAACAACACCACUUCGUCCGCGGGCCCGACCAGACGGCGCACCUCACCAUCCGCUUCGUCGACAACACGCAGCCGGGCGUCACGCAGACGCACACCUACACGUCCCGCAAGCAGGGCGGCCGCGCGCCCCAGCCCAUCGACUGGGACUCGGCCGCGGACAUCGCGCGCCUCAACCGCUGGAUGUGCCAGUUCCUGAAGCGCAGCGGCGCGGCGUCGCUGCGCCAGGACGUCGUGAGCUACACGCCCGAGGAGCGCGAGUGGCUGCGCGCGCUGGGCAGGCAGAUGGCCGACGAGAUCGAGCGCGGAGAGAGGAAUGCGGCGUACACGAGGGACGAGCAGGUGCGCCUUUUCAAUGAUGUCUGGGCCGGCACGAUUCUUCAGACGGGCAGGCAUGCGGGCAAGCAGAGGCCGGUCAGGAGCGCGGCGUCGCUCGAGAGCGAGAUUCAUCGUUCCGGAUUGUACCCCGCCGGCUUGAAGAAGUCGAAGAAUUAA